AUGGGACUCGGUCUCACAGGUCGCGGCAGUAGAUUGAUAAUAGUCAAGAUUGACAGCACCUCCGACGCCGACGCGCGCGAUGCCGUCGCCUACCUCGGUUCGUCGGAAAACAUAUCUCAUUUGGACAUCGUCGUCGCGAAUGCAGGCUUAAGCAUCGCAAUCGGACCCCUCAUCAAGGUCAAGCCCGGUCAACUGGCCGAGCUCAUCGAUGUCAAUAGUCUAGGGCCGCUGCGACUUGCCCAGGCCACCCUACCUCUCCUAGCCAAUGCGCCGGCGCGCCCACGCUUCGUGCUUCUAGGGAGCAUGCAGGGUUCUACAGGGGGCAUGGAAAAGUAUCCACUUCCUAUGGGAGCCUACGGCGCAAGCAAGGCAGCGGCGCAUUUCUUGGUGCGAAAGUUGCAUUUCGAACUUGCUGAGGAGGGGAUAUGCGUCUUCGCCGUCGAUCCAGGAUUCGUGCAGACGGACAUGGGAAACGCAGGAGCUAAGAUUUUCGGGAUGGAUGAAGCGGUCACAAAGGUGGACGAUGCGAUAGAUUUCGUGAAGGAUCAGGACGCCCGCCAUAUGCAGAUUGAUUCGGCCACGCGCGAGAAGACGUCAGGAAGAUUUCCAUCCAUCGGCGGUGGGGAGACCGAGUGGUAG